CUGGGGUGGGAGAUUCCACCUUUUGGAAAGAUGAUGGAUGCAGCCCUAGAUUCAACGAGUAUGCCAUUUAUCUUCCAUAUCAACCUACUUUUGAAGAAAGCUUAUGGAUCAGUUUAUUUAUCUUUGAAACUGAUGAAUCCUCCCGUUAGGUUCUGGAUACUUCAGGUCGGAACGGUCCAGUCCUCUGCCACUCCUCUCUCUGCUCAGGGGUGGAAAAUCUCACCACCUGGCUUUACUUAACCCUAAACAAAUCAUUAUUUCUUUAUGCAGGUACUCCAUUGAACUUGAAAUAUUCCGCCAUGGACGUAGCUAAAUGCACUUCAUAUCCGUUCCGUUCUCCUGCCCAGCAUCGCCCUUUUGCUCUUUCUAGGGUUUCCCAUUCGUUGCUCAUAUAUCCCGGUGGUAACCAUUUACUCCGUUGGAAGAAAAUGUGCUCAGCUUCGAACUCUCAAACCCUCAUUGCUGGUUCGCCCAAGGAGAAGGAAAGACCGCACGAAGUUGUCACCUUAAAGGAAGAAGAUGACUUAAAAUCCUGGAUGCACAAGAACGGACUCCCUCCUUGCAAGGUCGUGCUUAAGGAAAGGCCCUCGCACAAUGUUAACCAUCGCCCUAUACGCUACGUUGCCGCGAGCGGUGAUCUUCAGACGGGUGAUAUUGCGUUUUCUGUACCAAAUACGCUGGUUGUAACACUGGAGAGGGUUUUAGGAAAUGAGACAGUCGCUGAACUGUUGACGACAAACAAAUUAUCAGAACUAGCUUGUUUGGCACUAUAUAUCAUGUAUGAAAAGAAACAAGGAAAGAAGUCCUUUUGGUACCCAUAUAUUAAAGAGCUUGACCGUCAACGAGGCAGGGGGCAGCUAGCUGUUGAGUCUCCUCUUCUAUGGUCAGAAUCUGAACUGAAUUUCCUCACAGGGAGUCCCACGAAGGGUGAAGUCCUCGAGAGAUAUGAAGGAAUUAAGAGAGAAUAUAGAGAGCUUGAUACAGUAUGGUUCAUGGCCGGAUCACUUUUUAAGCAAUACCCGUAUGAUAUACCAACAGAAGCAUUUCCUUUUGAGAUUUUCAAACAAGCAUUUGUCGCAGUCCAAUCCUGUGUGGUGCAUUUGCAGAAAGUUAGUCUCGCUAGAAGAUUUGCACUAGUUCCUCUAGGGCCACCAUUACUAUCCUAUAGCAGCAACUGCAAAGCAAUGUUAGCAGCUGUUGAUGGUGCUGUGCAACUUGUUGUUGAUCGUCCAUAUAAGACUGGAGAACCAAUUGUUGUUUGGUGCGGACCACAGCCUAAUUCAAAAUUGCUCAUAAACUAUGGUUUUGUUGAUGAAGACAAUCCUUAUGAUCGAGUCAUUGUUGAGGCCGCUCUGAAUACAGAUGAUCCUCAAUAUCAGGACAAGAGACUGGCUGCUCAAAGAAAUGGAAAAUCAGCUGUGCAAGCUUUCCAUGUAUACGUGGGAAGAGAAAAAGAGGCUAUUCAAGAGAUGCUUCCUUAUUUACGAUUAGGACAUGUUUCAGACCCUUCAGAAAUGCAAUUUGUCCUAUCUUCUCAAGGCCCGGUUUGUCCGGUGAGCCCAUGUGCAGAGCGUGCAGUUCUGGAUCAGCUAGCUGAGUAUUUCAAGAAAAGGCUACUUAGCUAUCCCACCACUCUUAGUGAAGAUGACACAUUGCUGGCUGAUAGUGAUCUAGAUCCAAAAAGGAGAGUUGCCACACAACUUGUCAGGUCUGAAAAGAGAAUCCUGAACACGUGCUUGCAGACAACAUUGCAUCUUAUUAACCAGCUACCUGGUCACUCUGUAUCUCCAUGUCCUGCUCCUUAUGCUCCUAUAUUCAAAUGAUAGUAUAUUCUUUGGAAAAGAAAAUACAUAUCGUUUUCAAAGCGCAAAUGGGGUGUUGCUGCAGAUGAUAUUUGGUGCGAAAUAUUGGAGGAGACCUGAUUGAACUUUGUACAGUUGUUGUACAUGUAAUAGAAUAGCAAUUUCUAGCUACUGCCUGAUGCUUUUCUUUCUCACAUGAAGCUGUACAUUUUUUACUCCGUGUAGCUAGUUGCCUGAGGUUUCAGUUGUUUUCAGAAUUAUGGUUCAACCUAGAAUGGUCUGCCGUAUAAUCAAUUAAGUGUUCCCAGCCUAAGGGGUAGCUCAAGUGGUUGGAAGAACAGAUGACUUGUAUAACAUCCUGAGUUCAGACCCCAGGAGGAUAACGAAUUCACAAGUUAUAGUGGGGAAGAGGAUUAUGGUACUUGGAUAUGGGGUCUCUAGAGAGGGAGGCACUUACCCCGUGGACCAGACUCCAUCAUUUGGGUGCGCUCAUGUAGGUCUAGGGUCAAUCUGUCAUAAGAAUGCUGGUUGUAAAAUAAGUGUUCUAUUUGAAAGAAUUCUCAAUAGUACUAAUAUGUAUGUACUCGACGCUUUGGUUUUUUUGUUCUUGUCUAAUCUGGAUUGGUUUUACAUGUAAUUUUAAGUGUUGUAAAUAUAGUCUGGACUAGGGAUGGACCCGGGCCGUUCCGGUUCCGCUUCUGGGCCGGGCUUGGGUG